GCCCCGUCCCUCCCCUAAGGCGGGCCGGGCCGUGCCAUGGCAGCCCGGGCGGCGCUGCUGUCGCUGCCGUUCUUGCUGUGGCUGCCCCCCGCCGCCGCCGGCGGCUGCGCCCCCCGCGGGCUGUGCUGCCCCGGGCGCGGCCCCGGCUGCCGCUCCACGGGCUGGCGGCCCGACGGCUCCCACGGGCUCUGCUACUGCGACCAGGCGUGCGCCCGCGCCCUCGACUGCUGCCACGACUACGCCGACACCUGCCCAGCUAUCCCUUGUGUGGUAUCUCAGUGGAGUGUCUGGAGUGGCUGUGCAGAGCCUUGCAAGACAACGUAUCGUGUUCGGAAGAGGCGCAUCAUCCAGGAGCCCAGGAACGGGGGAGAGGCAUGUCCUCCUCUGGAGGAGAGGGCUGGCUGCAUGGAGUACUGGACUCAGCAAGGAACAGAGUGCAAACAGUCCCUGCUGCCAGCACUAAUAACAACAGGAGGGUUUGGAAAAGCAAGGAAAAAAAGAGCUGCAGCUGAUGGCGAUGAAAGAGCAGGGUACUGUGUUGAAUUCCAGCUGGUGGCCAUCACACCAGGGUGCUUGCAGAGCCACCACUCGUACACUCGCUGGAUGCAGUAUCUCAGGGAGGGCCACACUGUCUGCGUGGAGUGUCAGUACCCAGCUUUAGACUCCAGAAGUCAACACUGUUACGGGGAUGGCAGUGGAAGCAAAAGGAAUCAACUGUUGCACUGGCAGGCAGUAGGGAACCCUCGAUGCAAGGGAACCUGGAAGAGAAUUCGCCAGCUGGACACUUGUUCCUGUCCUUCUGUUCACAGCUUCUUGUUCAUCUAGCUUCUCCUGAUGGUCCCAGCAAGCGAGUGCAGUGGUGGCUUGUCUGGCACGAACAUGUGGCAGCAGUGGUAACCACAACCAAAACAAUGACUUCUCCUUGCCAGAUGUGCUGCUUACUUUCAAGCAGUGGCUGUCUGCACUGGGGAAUCCUGAAUCCUCUUUGUCCCUGUGUACUCCUUGAUUUCCAAAGAAAUGAAAGUGGCUGUUGAAGUGCCAGUCUUUUCCUGCCUGUACAUCUCCUUUGCCUCCUCUGCUUGAGAGAGGCCUGUCUAACCCUGAUGACUUUUCACAAAUUGCCCCUUUCUUGAGAGGAACAAGAAUUCACCAAAUCAGAAAUUGGACAGAAAGGCCAUAGGAACCCAGGUUUAUUUUUCUAAAGUCUCAAUGAAUCAACAACGCAAAAUAAACUCACGUGCCUUCUAUUCACCGUGAUGGCACUUCUUUGUGCAUCCUUCCUACUUGUGCUUAUAUAUGUUUUCCCUUUGCUUUCACCCUUCCUGGUCUUAUAAUUUCAUACAGAUCCUCAGUCUUACAGAGGAUUGAUCUUGCAUGGCUGGGAUAAUAGGCAAACUUAGAAGUGAGCCUGUUCUAAUCUGUGAGAAUUACCAGGAUACCAGGUACCAGGCAUAAAUGGGCCCUGGGAUUUCAGGUAUUAAGGAGCAUCUCUGAGGUGCCCCAAAAUGCAGUGCAGUCCUGUGGCUCAAAAUAGGAAGUCAUCCCAGGCGGGCUAGCUAUAGCCUUGUGUAUUCAACUGGAAAUUAUUUGAAAUAUUUUCUUUAUAUUCCACUGAUUUAUAUUCAUACUUUUCUAUAAAUGAAAAUAAAGGAGGCUGG